UAAUUACAAAUAUCCUGGGACCAUGUCGGCGCUCUCUCUCUUUGGUACUUUACCUUCAUUAUGUCGCGACCAAACUAUGGAUGGCUUCAAGGGACUACCGUUCGCAAGUCGGGAAUCACGUCCUCUAGUUCGAAUGCAACCAGGUCCUCAACUCCCCAAGUCCAGAGUACUUCCUCCACCGUUUAUGGUGGAGGUGUGAAGGAUCCCUCCGGUAGAACGGCCGAAUACUUUUCAAUGGACGAUCAAUGCCCGGUCUGCCGAAGUGACAGAUAUUUAAACCCAAAGUUAAGACUUCUUGUGAGCUCAUGUUACCAUAAAAUGUGUGAAUCCUGUAUAGAUCGUUUAUUCACUCUUGGUCCAGCACCAUGUCCAAUAUGUCAGAAAGUGUUGCGCAAAUUAGCAUUCUCACCUCAAACCUUUGAAGACCUGGGGGUUGAGAAAGAAGUCGCGGUAAGGAGGCGUUUAGCAAAAGAGUUCAACAAACGACGCGAAGAUUUCGACGAUCUACGGUCCUAUAAUGACUAUCUAGAAGAAGUGGAAGACAUCGCAUUUAAUCUGAUCAACAACAUCAACGUCCAGGAGACUGAAGCCCGCGUCGCGACCUACAAAGCUGCAAAUGCAGCCUUGACCGCUCUCAACCUUCAAAGAGAGGAGGCGUAUGCACUUGCGCUUAAGGAACAAGAAGAACUGGACCGAAAGGAACGUGAAGCCCGUGCAGCUCAACUGGCUCACGAACAACAACUAGAACGUGAAGAGAAGGAACGAGAACAACGCGAGAUAAUUGACAAACUAGAGACAAGUCAAAAGGACGCGCGCCAAGUCGUCGCCAAGUCUCGAGCAAAUGCGGCAAAGCGACUCGCUGCUGUAUCUGGCUCAGGGAAACCUUCUGGACUGGCUGCUGUGGGAUUCGGGUUUGGGGCUGAUUAUGCCAAGUUGCUCAAAACAAGAACGACAGGAAAGAAGGCAUCCAACUCGGUUCCCGACGAGCCCCAUAUUCCGCUCCAGGACGAGUGGUAUGCGUAUGAUGAUCUAUUUGUCUUCAAGGACGGGUAUGACGACGUUGUGAGUGAAGCCGUAAGGAAGGAUCGAGAAGGCAUUAUGAGGGCCGGAGGCUAUAUGGUAGAGGAGGCGUGGCAGAGAGCAUUGAGGUCUGCAGUCGCAGGGUUGGAUAUUUCACCCUUAGAGGGCUUGACUGAGAGAGGAGUACCAGAGCCCACCGGGCCAGUGGACAGCGGGACAGACGUUGUUAUGGUUUCUGUAUGA